GAGCCAGCAACAUGGUCGGCUCAUUCCCGUUCUCACCGCUGGCAUCACCACAUUCCAUGACAAUGUUCGCGCUUGUAGUCCUUGCGGUCGCUUUCGUCUGUGUCGCGACUUCCUCCUCGUCCAUUCAGGCCAAUGCAUACGCAUCUCCCGUCCAGCGUGCGCUCGAUGUGCCAGUCGCGAUGGCCAACGACGUUGCUCGACUCACAACACUCCUCGCGACUCUAUCGCAGCUCCCGUCGGCAUCCGAGCAAGAUCGCGCGAUCCAAGAUGCCAGACCAGUCUUCAUCCGCGUAGACAAGGACAAACUUAUGCAGCUGCUCAAGGACGUGCCAGAAGCCGUGAAGGACCGUGUCGUGGUGGCAUCCCUUCAAGCCAACGAUCCAUCCUCGACGUCCUCCCACGAUCAUGGCUUUGUGGCGGCCAUUUCACCGUACUUUGGAAGUGGCAUGAUCCUCGGUCUCAUCGUGCUAGUCCUCGCGCUAGUCUUCCGCGCAUUCAACCCAUACCGCGCGCUCGCCUCCGAUGCCGCGAUCAUCGCUCAUGUGAUGGACAAACUGCAAGACGAAGACCGCCACGGCUCGUCCCAGGACGCGACGCCCGAUGCGUCCACCCCCACGUCGACCUCUGCAUGUCUCGGCAAACCCCUGCCCAUGCCCACAACUUCCAUUGCUGUCGUCUAACGGUCGAUGGGUAUUUGUUCCAACUUAACUUAUACAAAU